UGCAAACACACGUCCGCGCACUCCUAUAUAAUUAAGGGAGACUGGGGUUGGUUGUCACACAUUAAACGGCGUAAGCGUACUGGACUAAGACAGUUAUAGGUUUGAGAAAAUGGCGGAUAUAUCCCAUGAAUCCGCGGAGGACGACCGAACUCAUUCGAUUCAGGUUACCGGACAGGUGUUUAAAACUGGAAACACCACCGAGGACGUCAUCGGCAUCUACGACCAGUGGGUCAAGGAUGACCACUACCAAAAGGACACCAAUCCAAGCUUUUACAAAGCACACAUAUAUGCCUGCGAAGAUAUUGAAUCUUUUUUCCCUGGAGACAGAUCAAAGGUCAAGGUCAUCGAUAUUGGUGCUGGAACAGGUCGAGUUUCAGAAGUGCUGCUGGGGAAGGGCUUUAGGUUAAUGGAUGCACUGGAACCUUCAGAGGGUAUGCUGGAAAAGGCUAGGAAACUCAACGUGUACCAACGAAUCAUCAAUGAGUGCAUAUCGGACAAAAGACUUCCCAUACAAAAUGAUUAUUACGAUUUGGCUAUUGUAUCAGGAGCUAUGGGUGAAGGUCAUAUACCGGUGGUAGCUCUCCACGAGAUGGCUCGCAUUGUCAGACCAGGAGGCGUACUGUCGAUUGCUAUGAGAGAAGAGUUUGUAACGUCCUGUGCAGAGUACAAGGACCGCUUGGAACCCUUAAUGAAGAAGAUGGAAUCUGACGGUGUGUGGAAGAUGCAGAGAAAAGUGAAGCCAAAUUACUACCUUGACAAAUCAGGCCUUGUUUACAGAUUUGUCAUCUGUUAAUUGAAAACCAUGCAUCGACAACGUUAAUUAAUGCCAGGGAUGUUGCAUGGUCUGAACUGACCCUUUUCUCUUAAUUUUCCUGUAAACAAAAUGUGACACCCACCCCAACCCACCCGUCUAAGCCCCUCAUUUAAAUGUCACCUUAUGCUUCACGUGGAAGUUAAUUCUGUUCUUGAUGUUUCCAUAAAACUCGUAUUCAAAAUGAUUAAAGGAUUGCUGCAUACAA